AAACAAAUACUAAAAAGUGAAGUAAACCCGUCUUCCUAUGAACCAUCCUUCAACCGCGUUCACACUUUGUCACACACGCUUUCCCUUUCUUCUCCGUCUCUUUCUUCUCUCUCUCUCUAGCCCCUAACUAUAAAUAUGUUCAUCUCCUCAAUGGGUUCUUCUCUGUGUUCACAUUUGUUCUUUCAAUCAGAUUAUCCAAGAAAAUUCAUCUUUCAUACCAGAGUUCUUCCGGAAUGCAAGUCACGUCUUUUCCAAUCCCAACCCAAGACGACUUGUCUUAUUUCUAUAGCUUAUUUCAAGACGCCCUUACUGAAAUGAAUCCUAACCCGACCUCCACCUCCACUCCCACCACGACCACCAACAACACCACCAACGACACUAACACCAACAACAAGAAGCGGCGGAGGAAAAAUGAAGAUGAUGAAGAGGCAAAGGAAGGGAAGAAGGGCUUGAAGGAGAUCCUCACAUCAUUGCUUUUAUUGGAAGAGCAAGAGAAAUCUGACCAGAACGAGUGGGCUAAAGCAACCCAAUUCGAAAAGCAGCUCUUUGAGGCCAAUAACAAACAGAAAACAAAGGCAACGCUUGAUUAUUACUCCCAACUUCAAGAUUCUUACUCAGACAUGGACGAAUCCGAUGCCCACUUAUGUGCCAAACGUUCCCGUCUCUCUGCAACUGCUGCCGCUGCUGUCGCUGUUGCUUCUGCCAAAUCUAAGCCCGACCCAUCGGUUUCUCCCUCAGCCGCGACUGGUAGCGCUGCUACUGGUCACCGCCGGCUUUGGGUGAAGGACCGUUCAAGGGCUUGGUGGGAUCAAUGUAACCAUCCUGAUUUCCCAGAGAAGGAAUUCAAGCGCGCGUUUCGGAUGAGUAGGGCUACCUUCGACAUGAUCUGUGAUGAGCUCAAUUCGGUCGUCGCCAAGGAGGAUACCAUGCUUCGAGCUGCGAUUCCCGUUCGCCAACGAGUUGCAGUCUGCAUAUGGAGGUUGGCCACCGGUGAGCCUCUUCGUCUCGUCUCUAAGCGGUUUGGAUUGGGCAUUUCUACUUGUCAUAAACUGGUUCUUGAGGUCUGUUCCGCCAUUAAAACUGUUUUGAUGCCCAAAUUUCUUCAAUGGCCCGAUGAGGAGACUGUGAAGAAGACAAAGGAGGAUUUUGAAUCCAUUUCUGGGAUACCAAACGUGGUUGGAUCCAUGUACACUACCCAUAUCCCAAUUAUUGCUCCCAAGAUCAGUGUCUCUGCGUAUUUCAAUAAGAGGCACACAGAGCGUAACCAGAAGACUUCUUAUUCGAUUACAGUUCAAGGGGUUGUUGAUCAAAGAGGGGUUUUUACAGAUGUCUGCAUUGGAUGGCCUGGUUCAUUGCCUGAUGACAAAGUUCUUGAGAAAUCUGCUCUAUACCAAAGGGCCAGUGGAGGGCUCUUGAAGGGAGUUUGGAUUGUUGGAAGCUCUGGUUAUCCUCUAAUGGAUUGGGUCUUGGUUCCUUAUAAUCACCAGCAUCUCACCUGGACCCAACAUGCUUUCAAUGAGAAAAUUGGCGAGAUUCAACGGAUUGGUAAGGAUUCCUUCUCAAGAUUGAAGGGAAGAUGGAGCUGUUUACAGAAGAGAACAGAGGUGAAGCUCCAGGACUUGCCUGUGGUUCUAGGUGCUUGUUGUGUCUUACACAACAUAUGUGAGAUGAGGAAUGAAGAAGUUGAACCAGAGCUCAAGUUUGAGCUCAAUGAUGAUGAGGUUGUCCCUGAGAACUGUCUUAGAUCAGUGAAUUCCAUGCAUGCUAGGGACAACAUUGCUCAUAAUCUCCUGCACCAUGGCCUUGGAGGAACUUCUUUUUUGUAGAUCAAACAAAUGGAAUUCAUCAUCAGAACAACAGGAAAAAUAAAAAAAAUGACUAAAAGUUAGAAGAUUUAUGAUUCUUUGGAAUAUGGCUUUGUAGGGUCAGAGCUGUGUCAUAGAAUAAUACCAUUCUUAAUCCUUUUGUAGUUUGAGGAGGGGGGUUUGUAUAGUAUUCUUUUACUCCCAAAACAAAAUAGAUGGAUAGUCUCUCUAGGCUGGAGCUGUUUGUAUUGAUCACAAUAAGAGACUUUUUGAACAUGUAUCUCAGAUCCCAUACUUCAAUUCAAUAACCCAUUAGAACCUUUUGAGAUGUAAUCUUCUUUGUUUUGCUAUAGAUUUCAAUUAUCUUCUUUCUCUCCUA